UCCGGGUCAUGUGGGCAGCGUGCUCGCGGCGGUUAGAUUUGAAUCCGGAGCGCGCUCGGGGCGGUUAGAUUUGAAUCCGGAGCGCGCUCGCGGCGGUUGGAUUUGAAUCCGGAGCGCGCUCGCGGCGGUUGGAUUUGGAUCGGGAGCGCGCUCGUGGCGGUUGGAUUUGGAUCGGGAGCGCGCUCGCGGCGGUUGGAUUUGGAUCGGGAGCGCGCUCGUGGCGGUUGGAUUUGGAUCGGGAGCGCGCUCGGGGCGGUUAGAUUUGAAUCCGGAGCGCGCUCGCGGCGGUUGGAUUUGGAUCGGGAGCGCGCUCGUGGCGGUUGGAUUUGGAUCGGGAGCGCGCUCGGGGCGGUUGGAUUUGGAUCGGGAGCGCGCUCGGGAUGUCGGUGCUGAAGCCGCUGAACAAACACCCGGAUCUGAACACCGGGACCGUCCUGUUAGUGGGAGCAGAGGGUCUUCAUCUGGAUCAACUUGCAGAGGCGAUCCUGAAGGAGAACAAGUCCUUUGAAGUGAAUGUUCACUUAGCGAAACGUCUGCCAUUACCUGUGGAAAAUGAACACACCAGACCACGGAUAGAUCUCAUUGUCUUCCUCAUGGAUUUGCGUAGUCAGCACAGUGUAGAAACUGUGAAGGCAUCUCUGGCCUAUGUUGAUGUGAAUUUCUUUCUUGGGAAAGUUUGCUUCCUUGCAGUUGGGGGCAAGGCUGUUAAGCACCAAUCAGUUGAGAUGUACACCCUGAAGCAAUUGGCAGAUUCCUACUCGAGCCCCCUGAUUCCUGCUGAGCUGGAGUCGACAGAAAGGAGAUCUGUGAUAGCCCAAAGACUUCUUCAGAUAUUGAAGGUUGCGGCAGGCCUUGUACCAGGUGUCUCUGCCCUUGCUCUCAGUUCCUUGAUAAGACCCUCCUUCAAGACUGAAAUAGAGAGAUGCUGAGCAGUUUAUAGUGUUAACAGCAACUCAUUUCAUCAGCUCAUUGAGGAACCACUCGGUUAUUUUUGCCAUGUUCACAAAUGUACAUUGAAGUGCAAUUUAUCUUCUGUUUAAUCAGCAAAAAAAAUCAUUGUAAUGUAAAUUUUCUCUGCGAUGGGAUUCUCCAAGGAGAUUAUUUCUUUCAAUUGUUUCUGUAAAAACCUUUAGAUAAUACAAUGCACAACAGAAAUAAAGUAUAUAUUUUGGAUCUUG